CCUCCACGCGCGCGAGAUCCCCUCUUUCCCAUCGUAUCGCCUCAGCGUAGCAUAGCAUAGCAUAGAUCCUGACCGACCUCUCCUGCCUCGCUGCCCGCCCGCAAAUGGAGGAGCAGCUGGUCCAGGCGGUCUCGAUCGCCUCGAACCCGGCGGCGGUAACGGACCCUGCGCUGCCACAAGAGGCGCUGCGCUUCCUCGAGCACCUCAAGACGAUUACGCAUGAGAGCUGGGAAGCGGGAUGGGCCGUCUAUGCAGCGAGAGAUGAGCGAGGAGCGGGGCCGCGGUACGGGGAUCAAGAGAGGUUGUUUGGGCUUAACCUCGUUGCGGAAUUUCUCGAGAAUCACGUCACCGCUGCUUCAGAUCCUGCUGGCGCUGUAGCAUUUCUUCAAGAAGCUGUCCUGGCGUAUCUGGACAGCGAAUUCGUUUCGGGCAGCGGCGAGCGCGGCGCUUCAUACAUCAAGAACAAGCUCGCUCAGCUCCUCACCCAGCUGGUCCUCCAGUCCUACACCUUUACGCAGCCCGCCACGCUCCUCCCGCGCCUAGUCUCCCUCUUUCGUUCUCACCCGCAAGCUUCGUCUUCCUCGUCCUCUCCGCCGCCCCUCAACCCGACGCCUACGGACCUGGUGCUGCGCGUCCUGCACGACUUGAGCAUCACCCUCGGCUCAGACGUGACGCUGCGUGCGGUGCGCUCCAAGGAGAGGCUACAGCGCGACUCGAUGAUCCGCGACUCGAUACGGGCAAGCCAUGCGGUUGGAGUGGCAGAGGCGGUGUGGGGCGUCGUCGAGGAGAGCGUACAGCGCAUCAAGGCGGAGGGACAGCAGAGUGUUUGGGUCGGCGUGGCGGAGAUGGCCAUUAGCGUUGUGGGCGACUACGUGAGCUGGAUCGACAUUUCGCUCAUGGUGACGCCGCGCAGCGUGGAGCUCUUCUUUGCGCUCCUGCAGCAUAGCGUGGUGACGCUGCGUAGGGCGGCGGCCGAGGCGCUGUGCGAGGUGAUUGGCAAGGGGAUGAAGGGCGCGGGGAAGGUGGAUUUACUGCGGGUCCUCGAUUUGACGCGGGUCGUGGCCACGCUCGAGGCGCAGACGCGGGUUGUGCGGCACGGGGAUGGCGCGGGGGAUGAGGGCGUAGAGCUGCGGGAGUCACUGGCCAAGCUGGCAAAUGGCGUCACGCUCGAGCUAGCCAAGGUGUUCGAGGACACGGCCGUGGACGCGGAGACGACGCGCGCUGCGGACGAGAUGUUGGUCGCGCACCUGCCACUCGUGCUCGCAUUCUUUGGCGACGAGUACGACGAGGUGACCGAAGGCACGCUGAGCGGCACGAGUGCGGUGCUGAGCUACCUCAAGCGGCGCAGGAAAGCUGGCGCCCUCCCCGAGCCUUACCUCGGCGCGCUCGCCUCGCUGGUGGACGUGGUCUUGCGCAAGAUGCAGUGGGAUGACGGCGCGGAGGGCGUGGACUGCGAUGAGGACGACGACGACGACGAGACCGCACACUUUAUCGCGCUGCGCAAGAGCCUGCAGGUCAUCCUGGCGGCGGUGGCCGCGAUCGAUGAGGCGAUAUUCGCAGAGAGGGUGCAGUCGCUCAUCGUAGGCACGCUCGGGGCGCUACCGGGGGGUGGGGUGUCGUGGCAACGGGCCGAGGUUGCGGUGUACGCUGCGUACUUUUACGUCGAGGUUCUGGUGUCGACGCCGGGGGUACCAAAGGUGGGCGUCAACGCCAAUACGUUUGUGACGCUGCCGGGGGAUGCGGCGCGUGCGAGAAACAAGAUGUCCCCCUCCGUCUACCCAACGCUCCCUCUCAACCCGCUCGGCUCCCUCAUCGAAACACUCGUCGCCUCAUCGGUCUCGUCGUUCCCGCAUCCGGCCGUCCAGCUGCAAUUCUUUGAAUGCCUCAACCGCUACGCCACCUUUUUCUUUGCUCGACCGGACCACCUCGCUGGGGCGCUAUUCGCAUUCCUCGACGAGCGCGGCGUCUACAACCCCAAGGCUAGCGUUCGCCUCCGCGCGUGGUACAUCUUUUCUCGCUUCGUCAAAGAGACGGGCUCGCUGCUCCCGGCGCAAUACGUCGAGCGUGUCUUGGAGGCGCUCAAGGCCGCGCUCAACGUCAACGCAACGCUUCCCGCGGCGGGGCAAGACGAGGACCCGCUCGUGGCCGCCACUCAGUCGUCGCGCGACUCGGACUCACAGCUUCACCUAUUCGAGGCCUGUGGGACGCUCAUCGCACGCGCGGGCACGGGCGAGCAGCAAGCGGCGCUUCUCACGGCGGUGUGCGACCCGCUCGUGGCGCAAUUACAUCAAGCAGUGGGAGCGUAUGCGGGGAACGAGGGCGCGCUGCGCGAGGUGCUCCAAGUCCACGACCUCAUCCUUGCCCUCAGCAACGUAGCUAAGGGGUUCCCGGACAAUUCGCCUGACUCGGCGUCGGCGUCGUCGUCGUCCCCGCCACUCGCCGUCUUCACCCACGUCACGGAGCAGAUUCUCGUCGCCCUCUCCUCUCUCACACGCUUCUCCAUCAUACGCGACGCCGCGCGUGGGGCCUUUGCGCGCAUCGUGGCCACCACGGGCGCGACGGUGCUGCCGUUCAUCCCGGCGCUCAUCCGCUCGCUACUCCCCCACCUCUCCUCGCCCGAGUUGGUCGACUUUCUCUCGUUCCUCGGCCUCAUCGUCGCCAAGUACCGCACGUCCGUUGCCGGGGUCAUCGACGAGCUCUUCCUCGUACUGGUGGAGCGGGUGUGGCAUUUCCUCAACCAAGAGGUCGGCGGGACGGACGAUGCCGUCGCGCGAGCGGAGCUGCAACGCGGGUACAUUUCCUUCUUGAGCUCGUUGGUGGGCAGCGCGGGUAUGGACGGGGUGUUGACGAGCGAGCGCAACAAGGCGCAGCUCGAAGCGGUGCUCGCCAGCAUCGUGUAUUACGCCGAGAAUGGCGACCCGCCGUGUCAGCGCGCGUCGUUUGGCAUCCUGCACCGGCUGGUGAGCGUGUGGGGUGGCGGCGAGGGGAAUGGGGCGGCGGCUCCUCCUCCCGACUUUACGACGUGGAUCUACGACACGCUCGUGCCAUUAGCGUUCACGGUACCUGCCUCGCCGUCGUUUGAUCUCGCCGACGCGCAGUCACAGAUGGUCGUGACCGAGAUUUCGCAGCUGCUCAAGGGGGUGCUGGCGAAGCGAGGGGCGGAGGAGCUGGGUGGGUGGUUGACGCGCGUAUAUCUGCCCCGCAUCGGGUGCCCAGACGCCCUCGCCCAGGACUUUGUGCGGGAUCUCGUUGCGUUGGAGCAGGGCAAGAAGUGGAAAGCGGCGUUCGCGAGGUUCGUGGAGCAAUGUCGCGGCGGGGCGUGAGCGCGGCGUGGGGCGAGCAGAGCGAGCAGCGGGGGGUUAGAGCGAGCAGAGCGGGGGGUAACGCAGCAUCGACGGCCCUCGCCGCGUUUCAUUAUCAUUUCGAUUGCCAUAAUCGCACGUAGAAGCC